AUGGAAAUAGUCUGGGAGGUGCUUUUUCUGCUUCAAGCCAAUUUCAUCGUCUGCAUAUCAGCUCAACAAAACUCACCAAAAAUCCAUGAAGGCUGGUGGGCAUACAAGGAGGUGGUCCAAGGCAGCUUUGUUCCAGUUCCUUCUUUCUGGGGAUUGGUGAACUCAGCUUGGAAUCUUUGUUCUGUGGGGAAACGGCAGUCUCCGGUCAACAUAGAGACGAGUCACAUGAUCUUCGACCCCUUCCUGACGCCCCUUCGCAUCAACACUGGAGGCAGGAAGGUCAGUGGGACUAUGUACAACACUGGAAGACAUGUGUCCCUCCGCCUGGACAAGGAGCACUUGGUCAACAUAUCGGGAGGGCCCAUGACCUACAGCCACCGGCUAGAGGAGAUCCGGCUACAUUUUGGGAGUGAGGACAGCCAAGGGUCGGAGCACCUCCUCAAUGGACAGGCCUUCUCUGGGGAGGUGCAGCUCAUCCACUAUAACCAUGAGUUAUACACAAAUGUCACAGAAGCUGCAAAGAGUCCAAAUGGAUUGGUGGUAGUUUCUAUAUUUAUAAAAGUUUCUGAUUCAUCAAACCCAUUUCUUAAUCGAAUGCUCAACAGAGACACUAUCACAAGAAUAACAUAUAAAAAUGAUGCAUAUUUACUACAGGGACUUAAUAUAGAGGAACUCUAUCCAGAGACCUCUAGUUUCAUUACUUAUGAUGGGUCAAUGACUAUCCCACCCUGCUAUGAGACAGCAAGUUGGAUAAUAAUGAACAAACCCGUCUAUAUAACCAGGAUGCAGAUGCAUUCCUUACGCCUCCUCAGCCAGAAUCAGCCAUCUCAGAUCUUCCUGAGCAUGAGUGACAACUUCAGGCCCGUGCAGCCACUCAACAAUCGCUGCAUCCGCACCAACAUCAACUUCAGCCUGCAGGGGAAGGACUGUCCAAACAACCGCGCCCAGAAGCUGCAGUACAGAGUAAAUGAAUGGCUCCUCAAGUAGGGAACUAAGCCAAGAAGAAUCCCACCUCAGAAAAAUGCUACAACUGUGAAUUGAUGUAACCCAGAAUGUCCUCCUUCUUUCUUCUUUCUUCUUCCUUCCCCCAAGCCUCAUUCACUCUUUGGUUUGGCCCCUCCCUUGUUCAUGAAAAGUGCGUGCAAAACCAUGGCAGAGGAACUCAUCUGUUAUACACAACUCCCAAACACACACACACACACACACACACACACUCAUGCAAGCUCCAUGAUGGAAAGCCAAGUUUCAGAAACAAAAGGCUCAUUCAUAAGAAGUCAUAGAAGAAAAUAACCAGUUAACCUGAUGACAAUUUUGAUACCGUUUUCCUGAACUAAGACAUCUACCCAGUGAGACUUUUCAUUCUUUGUACAUACAAAAUUCUUCCCAGUGAGAGAGAGGAGAAAGCACAGCUCUGAAAGCAUCAAGUGGACUUUUCACCAGGCCUUCUCCAGCAGUGUCCUCGGUUCCAUUCAGGAUGCUGGCGACAGGUGAGCCAGGACAAAGCCAACCAAGGACACUUAUUUCUAGAUUAUGAUUCUUCUGUUUACUCAACAAUUAAAAAAAAAAAACAAAGGACAGACAUUAAAGAGCUACACAUUGUAUAUAUAUCACCACAGACUAUAAAGAAAUGGAAUUAUUUCCCUCUUUGUCACAUACAUGUAGUAGGAUUUGCCAAGAUCAGAACUGAUCCAUUUGCUGUUUGUUGUUUUCCGAAGGUCAUACAUUGUGUUUGGUUAUCAUUAACAGCUCAAUAAAUGUAUUUAACGAGUUAAUUUCAUUUUUCCAGCUUUCUGUCUGUUCUCCUCCCUUCCAGGAUAAGCCCUGGCUCCAUGCAACUCUAUCCUUUGAUUUCACUUGUUUCUCCAUCUCCUUGUUUUGCUCAUUGCAGCCAGUUUUACUGAGUUUGUGGCAAUCAGGAAUGCAUUUGCUAAGCAAGUAUAACUUUAAUUCCACUCCAUGGCUCGAUUAUUCAUACAAGGUGAGCUUCAGCCUGACAUAGCAGGCGACAGAUUUCUUGCAUUUCAAAACUGCCAUCCCCCUGUGAUGCUCCCAUGAAGGAAUGCACUUUGCCUUGUAACUUCCUGGGAAAGGGUGUCUUUUCUCUCCAGGUGCAGCCAGAUCUCACAAAGUACAAACGAAUGCCUUUCUUUUCUUGUUUAUAAUGGUCAUUCACUGUGUUUGGUUACUGUCAAAAAAAAAUCAAUAAAUGUGUUUAACAAGUUAC